AUGGAGGCUACAAUGGAAUUUUUUAAAAUUUUGUCAUUGAUAAUCGGAAUAUUUUUUCUAUUCUUAAAUCUCACAAAGUGCACCGAUAAUAUCCUCAACGAAGGCUCGAACAAUGGUUCGGAGAUCGGUACAGGUGAAAGCGAUGUAACAUCGAGAUUCUUAAAUUUUGGCCGAAAAACGAAUGGAAAUGGACAUUAUUGGCACGAGAAUCUGGAUGAUGUUGAUAGAAUGUUGAAAAGUAAGACUGAUAUUCUGUCCCGACUCUUGAAGAUGCACAUAGAUCGAUUGCGCAACGAAACCAAUCAGGUGGAACUGGUGUUUCUGGUGGACGCGUCCGGCUCGGUCGGCGCAGAGAAUUUCCGCAGCGAAUUGAAUUUUGUGACGAAGCUCCUGUCGGACUUUACAGUGGAUGAGACGACCACGCGGAUCGCACUGGUCACUUUUAGCGGCAGGGGCAACGUGUAUCGUAACAUUGAUCAAAUCUCAAGGCACGGACCGAAUGAUCACAAGUGUUAUCUGCUAAACAAGCAGUUCAACAAUAUCACUUAUAGCGGCGGAGGAACUUAUACGCGCGGCGCUCUUUUCGAGGCGCUGACGAUUCUCGAAAAGGGUCGCAAAACUGCGAAUAAAGUGGUGUUUCUGAUAACCGACGGCUUCAGCAAUGGCGGCGAUCCCCGACCCGCCGCUGAUCUCUUAAAGAACACGGGCGUGACCGUGUUCACGUUUGGCAUUCGUACGGGAAACGUAGAGGAAUUGCAUGACAUUGCCAGCUCACCUGGGUACACGCAUAGCUAUCUUCUUGAUAGUUUCACCGAGUUCGAGGCUUUGGCGCGACGCGCUCUGCAUCGCGAUCUGAAAACUGGACAGUACGUGCCCGUGACUCUAUCGACUGAUUGCAACAAUCUCUGUUCGGCUAUCAAUCGAACCUGCUGCGAUGAUUUAGCAACCUGCACCUGCGGUACCUCAACCGGACGUUAUGCUUGUAUCUGCCCGUCUGGUUACUUCGGUUCUGGUCUUAAAGGUUUCUGCCAACCUUGUCCGAACGGAACGUACGCUUCUGGAAACGCUUCCGGAGAUUUCACCGCUGUAUGCAUACCCUGCCCGGAUGCGAAUCACGUUACAAUCAAGAUUCCCGCGACCUCGAUACUCGACUGCGUAUGCGCUUCCGGAUUUACCACGGAUGAUUAUAAAUGCGAGGCUAUAACAUGCCCGAAGCUAAGAGUUCCCGAAAAUGGCUAUCUAGUAAAGGCGAGCGCCUGCAGCAACGUGGUGCAUGCGGCGUGCGGUAUAAGAUGCAGAAUCGGUUUCCAUCUUACGGGAGACAGCAUUCGACUUUGCGGGAAGAAUGGCUCCUGGUCCGGCAACGAGCCGCAGUGUUUACUAAAGACGUGCCCAACUCUACGCGCACCCGCACACGGUCAUAUGAAAUGUGAACAUGAUGAGAAUUAUCAGCAUCAAUUCAAAGAGGAUUCUACCGUUUAUCCGAUCGACACGCGUUGUCAGUUUAGAUGCGAUGUUGGCUAUCAGCUUCGCGGUAGCAAAGUGCGCAACUGUUUACCCUUAUCCCGGUGGGACGGUCUGAAAGUUACUUGCAAGGCUGUGAAAUGCGAACCUCUGCCGCGAAUUGCGAACGGAAAUACCAUCCCGGAAAUCUGCAUCGGUCCGGCGAAGGUGUCAUUCGCCACCAAUUGCACGAUUAUUUGUGAUAAGGGAUUCGUCCUGGAAGGACCCUCCAGUAAAUCGUGUAGCGGACGUACAGGGAUCUGGUCCCAACGUCAUAUUGUUAAUCAAUGCAUUGACAAGAUGCCACCCUUGAUAAAGUGCCCGUCCGACAUCGUCACGGAAACCAUAAAGGGUCAAAAUUACGCGUACGUAAAUUGGACGAUACCCAAGGUGACAGAUAAUGCGGACGCAUCGCCUAUUUUGUGGACGAAACCAUAUAUCGUUUUGCCAUGGAAGGUGAAAAUCGGUAUACGCAUCGUCGUGUAUGUAGCGCAAGAUGCGAACAGCAACAAGGCCAGAUGCAAAUUUAAAGUCAAAGUCCUUGACAGAGAACCACCCACGAUUGAGAAUUGCGUCGAUCCACCGACUUUCUAUACUGAUUUCGUUAAUGGUCUCGAUAACGUGACGUGGGACGAACCUGUCUUCUAUGAUAAUUCAAGGACCUCGGUGCGAGUUAACCAGAGCCAUCAACCUGGCGAGAAUACUUUUCCGAUCGGUCGUACAAGAGUCUUCUAUAACGCUACUGACAAGUAUGGCAAUCGAGCGAGUUGCAUAUUGAAUAUUACAGUAGAAGAUAUAUGCAAAAAUUUAACAGCACCUACUAAUGGACGGUUAAAUUGUUCUUCGAAAGAUGAUCAUAAAAUGCAAUGUGUUAUAACUUGCGAUAAUGGCUACGAUUUUGCACUCGAACCAAUAAAUUUCAACGUUGUCGAUGACGAACUGUUAUUAAAAUGUAAUUCUAGCGAUCAUAUAUGGGAAACCAAUUAUCUACCGGAAUGUUCAGAAGCGCAAAUAUUAAAAACGAUAUCUCAGGAAGGAAAUGUGAUAUUGCAAGGCAAUGGAAGUACAAUGUGCGACAAUAAAACUGCUCUUCGUGAAUUAAGUGAUAAUAUUAUUGAUGAUUUAAAAUCAAAAAUGUUGGAUAUCUGCGACAACGAUAUCGAGUGCAAUUUGAUCACCUUUAAUCCUAUGUGCGAAGACGAUUUUUCUACAUUAAAGAGUUUUGAGGAUAAUUUGAUAAGAAAACGAAGAUUCAAUCAUGAAUCUAGGAUUAUUCUUAAAAAUAAUAAAAUGCUCAAGAGAUUGAAACGCGCAGUUAAAUUGAGUUCCAAUGCCAAUAAAGAUAAAACCAGACCUAAGCAAAAAAAAGAAAGAAUAGAGAUUAAAUUUAAGUUUAUAGGAAAAAUAAUCGAAGAAAACUUCGAAAAUCCUAAACGAGGAGUGCAAAAAUUAAGAGAGAAGAUCGAUACGAUGAAGCGCAUGGGAAAAUUGGAUUUAUUCAACAACAGAACCAACCAGGAAAUCGCAAAAUUAGCCUUGAAUCUACACCUCGUAUUCAAGGAGCCUCAAGAUCUCUGUGAGUCUGGAAGUGUAUUGAAGAAACACACUUGCGUAAAAUGUCCCGCAGGUACUUUUUACAAUGCCUCCAUUAGAAUUUGCCAAUCGUGUCCUUUCGGACAAUAUCAAAAUACAACUGCUUCGUUAAAAUGCAUACCUUGUCCGGAGCAUACUUUCACGAAAAGGAUGCACGUGAAAUCGUUGAAAGAUUGCAUUCCUAUGUGCCGACCAGGAUAUUAUUCUCGAUAUAAACGUUAUCACGGACCGCGUUUAGCCACGGAACCUUGCGCCGCGUGCGACAUCGGUUUCUAUCAAUCGAACUAUGGACAAACUCAAUGCUUACCGUGUCCGUUCAACACGAUGACGAAAAAGCGGGGUUCUGCAAAUAUUGAUGAUUGCUUGCCAAUACGCGAUGAGGAGAUUCACGAUUGUCGGACGGAUCCGUGUUUAAACGGUGGACAAUGCGUGAUUCAAGACGAAGACGGUUUCGCUUGCGAAUGUCAGGAAUAUUAUGUGGGAUCAAAAUGUGAAGAGUUCAAGGAUCCAUGCAAUUCUUCGCCAUGCUUAAACGAAGGAGUAUGUAAAACACAACGAUAUCUCAAUAAUUCUGUGAUAUACGAGUGCAUAUGCAAAGGCAGUUACGCAGGCGUCAAUUGUGAGAUUUAUAUAGAUGAAUGUUCCACUAAUCCUUGUCAGAACGAUGGAAAAUGUGCGAGCACUGAGAACGAUUUCGUCUGCGAAUGCAAGGAUGGAUUCGAAGGUCAGUUUUGCGAAAUUCCGAUGGAUCACUGCGAGCUUAUGCCCUGCGAGGAGGGAUCCAUAUGUCGCACCGUCAAUGGAACCUGGCGAUGCUUCUGCAAACCCGGAUUCUUGGGUCGCCACUGCAACUUAUUGCCUUGCGACUGGUUACCGUGUCACACAAACGCGAUUUGCGUGAACAUAGAGGAGGAAAACGCGACGCGAGAGAGUUAUAGAUGCGAAUGUCCCGAUGGAUAUACUGGAGAGGACUGCGCGACCAAGAUCGAUUACUGCAAGAGCUCGCCUUGCUUAAACAAUGGGAAUUGUAUCAAUCAAAUGCACAAUUACACUUGUGAUUGCCCGAUGCUUUUCACAGGACGCAACUGCGAAACUGAAUUGUUAUCCAAUUAUGUGAUGCACUUUACAAAAUCCAGCACGACAGAUUACGUCAUCGUGAAAGGACCUGCGAAGGAUCUUUCUGAGUUGUCCGUUUGUUUGUGGUUACAAUCGAUGGAUACUUUUAAUUACGGUACGGUAUUAUCGUAUGCGACCAUAUUCCACGACAACGCUUUCACAUUAAUGGAUUAUAAUGGAUUCGUCUUGUAUAUUAACGGGGAAAGAGUCGUGACUGAUAUUAAAGUCAACGAUGGUUACUGGCACUUCCUCUGCGUUACUUGGGAAAACGGAUAUGGCACCUGGCGCAUAUUUGUCGAUGGAAUUCUUAAGGAUAAUGGCAUUCGUUUAGCUCAGGGAGUCGUCGUACAAGCCAAUGGAUCUCUCGUUAUUGGACAGGAACAAGAUCGUCUAGGUGGUGGCUUUUCUGAAUCGGAAGCGUUUUUGGGAAAACUCGGCUUACUAGAUAUAUGGAAUGUAGUUUUAGAUGAGAAGAACAUUACAGCGCUAUGGAAUAGUUGUGAAAAAUAUCACGGGAAUGUCGUGGCCUGGGCCCAGAUGCAGCAAUAUAUUCAUGGCGACGUUGCGAUCUUAACUAGUCCGUUUUGUCGCGGCUGCCCCUUACCUAUAAUACCGUUCAAAGGUAAUAUUAAUGUGAGCGAAGACCUGUCGGAAAUAACGUAUUAUUGUGACAGCGGAUAUGUGAUUCGGUUCGCUGGUGAGGAACAUCGGACCCUCGGUAGAAAAUGUCUCAAGCAUGGCCAAUGGGAGGGACUUGAUAUGCCGAUCUGUACAAAAAUAAGAUGCGGGUUUCCGGGAUACUUUCCGCGAGGAUAUAUUUAUGGCAAAUCGUAUUCGUUCGGGGAUGAGAUUUACUAUUCUUGCAUCGAUGGCUAUGAACUUCGAGGGAACCCUCAUCGAAUUUGCAAUUCAGAUGGAAAGUGGACUGGGUUGCCUCCGAUUUGUAUAGGAAUGACGUGCAAAAACUUGCUAGCCCCCGAAAAUGGAGAUAUAGAAUACAUAUUGGAAGAGAAUGAGAGAGAUGAUAUCACGAUAUUACAGGCUGGCCAGCAAUUGGAAUUCAAAUGUAAUCCGGGAUACCUUUUAAAAGGAGAGAAAUAUUUGACCUGUUUGGAGACUGGCAUUUGGGAUUACGAGAGACCAUCUUGUAUACUUUAUGGAUGUCCUCCACCGAAAAAAAUAAAACAUGGGUAUGUCGCCUUCGCGAAUUCCGACAAAUCGAACCAGACUUCCGUUUACGAUCCCGAGGAGAAUACAAUUGACGAUCUCUUCAAAAGAACGUAUCAUUAUGAUGAUGUCAUUGGAUUUUUUUGCCACCGCGACUACAAAUUUCACGGAAAUUAUAGUCUAUUGACGGAAUUCAAACUGCAGUGUACCGCCAACGGUAGCUGGAUUGGUUUUGUUCCCGAUUGCGUUCCGCGUGUAUGUCCUUGGCCGGAUCGCAUGAAAAAUGCGAGAAUCUUUCUCAGAAAACAAGAUAAUAUCACAAUUGAAAUUCCCAUGGAGAAAGAGAUGUCCGAGUCUAUUGACCGUAUGACAAGAGAUAAUGAAGAAGGAAUCUCUUCAAAAAUGUUUAUUUCCGGUACGGAAAUCGUUAUCGUUUGUGAUUUGGGAUAUGAAUUGAUCGGGGAUAGAAUCAGAAUGUGCACCAACGAGACUUGGUCCUCGACUUUCUCUUUUUGCGCGUCCCGUAAUUGUUCCAUUGAGGAUCACCCACUUUUUAAGAUUUUCAAAAAAUUGGAGAACGAAAACGAUGUGAUAUCGCAACGAAUAUCAUUUGAAUUUGACAAUGAAAAAUGGUACAGUAUGGACAAUGUCACGGGCACAUAUAAACAAUUUGAGAUCUUUAUGGAAGGAAAGACUUACGGGCAACAUAUAAUCUUAUCGUGUCAGAAUAACACGAGGAUGAAUCUGAACAAGCUGGUUAUCAACGAGAUAGUCUCAAAUAUAACGUGGACAUGUAACGAGAUUGGAAUAUGGAUAGUUUCGAAUUUAUCGCUAAAGGAAUCUGAACUCGAAGAGUUAUUGAACGAUUCGACGUAUGUCUGCGACAGAUCGUGCGCACCCCCGGAGAUACCAAAAUAUGGGUAUAUAGAUAAUAUUAAUAACAUCGACGAUAUAAAUAAUCGUAAAGCGAUCGACAAUGUCGUCACUUUCAAAUGUCGUCAUGGAUAUGUUCUCGAAGGUGACGAACGAUCUGUUUGUUUACCGAAUGUCACAUGGUCUGCUUUACCCUCUUGCAAACCUGUAGCAUGCGGGGAGCCGCCGAUCUUCGCGAAUGCGAUACUCAAACGAGACGUUAGCGAAGGAACUCAGAACUUUAUUUUUGGUAAUAUGAUUUCUUAUCAGUGCAUUCCAGGCUAUCGUAUAUUCGGACAAACUACUUUGAGAUGUUUGGGAAGUGGAAAGUGGUCAAGAAUGAACGGCAGAUGUUCAAAAAUAUCAUGCGGCAAGCCGCAGAUCGAGCAUGGUAUUAUGCUCCACGGCCGUUCUUAUCUAUUUCAAGAUCAUUUGACCUAUGUGUGUCCUAAUGGGAAAAAGCGGGGAAUGAUUACAUGUCAAGCUGACGGAAGAUGGAACGAAUCGCCAAAAUGCGGAGGAUAAAGGCAUGUAAUUCAAACGAUGGUUGAAGUAAUCUUUUCGCGCACAAUUCAAUAAAACAUUUUCGCUUUUAAUAACAACACAUAUGUUUUUAUUUUUUUUUUGACUUCUUGUAUCAAGAUUCAUGAAUGUGAUAUGAAAACGUAAUUACGCAGUCUUAUCAUGAAAUAAAUAACUCAGUUUAGGAUUUCCAGAAUAGUACAUACAGAUAUGCGGUAAUAUCUUAUCUAAAUAUUAUUUAUGCAUAAUUUUUUUGUAUUGCAAUAGUUAAUUUCAAUUUAUCGUACUCCUCUCUCGAGAAUACAUAUAUUUUUAUCAUGUUUUACUGUAAAAGUUGGUGUAUAUCGAUACAAAUAAUUCUCAUCUCAAAAAUUGGCAUUGUGUUGAAUUCGCAUAUUUGUGUACAAUAGUUUAUCAAUACUGGCCACGAUACUACACAAGUUCAAUUGUACAUUUUGUUCAUGUUUCACGCUUCAAUUAGAUAAUCAAAGAACAAGAGUGUAACAUAUAGUGAUCGGAUAAAAUAUCUCUUACACAUACAUAGUUUGACAUAAUAAAUUAUGUUUUAGUAUAAAUAUCAUUUGGACAUAUCAUACGUAAACAUAUCUGCGUAUUAUUAUUUGAGGAAGAACAAUAAAGAUAAAUAUAUGUGAAAAUAAUUUUUUAUAUAAAUGUUUUAUAUAUCAAUUUACGCCUAACGAGUUGAUAUCAUAUAAAUAAAGCACCUUCAGUAAAAUAGGUACAUUAUUAGCAUGGCUACAUCAGAGAGAGCGAGAAAUAAAAUUAUUAAUGUAAUACAUCUCUCGAAAUUAUUGUAAGAUGUAAACCCAUUGUUUGACAAAAUUUUCAUUGCCUAUUAUUGUUUGCUUCACACUAAUUUUUGUUUUAUGGUAAUGUAUCUACUAUAUUAUAUAAUAAAAAUUAAAUAUCUUAGCUCAAAAGACUGUCACUUUGACAGUCAAAGACAACGUUGAUAGAACGCUAUACAAAUAAUGUAUCAUGUAAAUGUUUACAUGAAUAAAUACAUGUUCUAAAUGCUGUAAACAA